AUGCCAGCCACUGACUUCCAGGCACCAGGAUGCGAGCUAAACGCAGAAUUAGGCACCGCAGCUCACAGGAGCGUGGCCUUGAGCCAUGGCACCGUAGAGGGGCAAGGCGAGCAAGCGGUCUCUCACGAGCGGGAUGUCGGCAGGGAUGGCCCCUUGCCACCUGCACCGGAAAACGGCGAAGGCCGCUUGCGGUACCCGGGCAAUGGGGAAGCAACAAAGAACAGCGUCCGAACUGAGGCCCCAACGCACGAACUUGCGGAAGCUCACCGCGGUGCAACAACGGGCGGAUCGGCCUCGCAAGAACAGCGACCAGCAGCGGACGGUGCUGUCGUGCCCGUCAAUGGUGCUGCGGUGCACGAAGAUGGCAACGGGAGCGCUAGAGGCGGCGACAGCGCACGCGCAGAUGCAGAGAAAUUCAUGCAUGGCGCAAACGGCGGAGCUUCUGGGUCCGCCGGCGGACAACAGCAGGCAGCACGGCCCGACGACCGCGAGCGAGUCGCAGGGACGGGGAUCGCAGAACAGCCGGCGGCGACGUCGCAGCCAAACGGCACGGCUGCGGAUGAGGAUGCAGUGGCACAUGAGAAGCACCAUGCGGCGGAGGAACAGGGCAGAGGCCCGGGGAACACGGACAGCGGUGAAGCCAGGCCGCAUCCCCCUGCAGACGCGGUCACGUCUCCGGCGAGGGUUGCAGGAGGCAAGGCAGAGGCUGGCAACGGAACUCUCCAAGAGCUUCUGCCUGCGCAGCAACAGUCGGAAGGGGGUGAGGGCCAGGAACUUCCGGCGGGCGGCACGGAUGCGCCAGGCACGCCUGUGGCUGCGAAGCCGGAAGGUUCGGAGGAGCGCAUGGACGUGGAUGACGCAGCGGGCGCGGAUUCCGGUGCCCCUCACUCACAACGAUCGAACAGCGCAGGACCGCGUGUCAAAGCUGAGACGCCGUGUCGCAGCGAGGCGCCGGUGCCGGAGCAAGAGAGAAUGAGCGGGGCCUCACCAGAAGCGCCGCAAGGCGGUUCGGUCAAAGCGGAACCCUCUGCCGUGUCGAGUGAAAAGCAAGCGCGCGAAUCUGGCGGACACGAGGCGGUGGACUCGAUGGGGGGUGACGAGAACGCGCGGCAGGCUUCCCCGGAGCCGUCCGCGGGCGCCAGCGCCCCACAGUCCGAAGAUGGCGAUGAGGCGGAGGACGACGAAGAGGAGGCGCGCAAGGCGCAGGAGGCCGCCGCGAAGAACGCCGCGCUGGUCCGCAUCGUGCGGUUGGCGCGGGGGGAGGGCAUCGCACCGGGUAGGCAGAGGCAGCAGUUCGUGGACGCCAUCACGGAGCGAAACCGAGCACUGGUGGCGCGCACCCACGAGGCGUCGCUGCGCAGGAUCGGAACCAAACUGGAGACGCACAUUGCAGCGCAACAUCCAGGUGCUGAGCGACCCGCACAGGCGGACGUGCCGCUGUACAAGAAGCCCGCCGAGGUGCCGGGCUUCGCUCGGCUGUUUGCGUCCUACAAGGCCGUGAAACCGGCCCUGCAGCAGCUGCUCCAGCAGCGCAGGGACAAGUGGCGCGGCCUCCAGAGGGACGCGGCGCUGCGUUACCGAGUGAUGGCUGCGCGCCUCAACCAGGUGCGUGGCCAGGAGGCUCCAGCUACCGUGCUCGCCCCGGAAGAGGGAAGGACUCCCGCCAGUGCAGGCCGGCGCGGGAAGGACCGCGGCAGGGGACGCAACGCAACGGCAGCAGCAGUGCCAGGUCCCGAAGAAACUCCGUCCGCUCCCGUCACGGGGGCGCUCGCGGACUACCGCAACGAGGCUAUGUGGGAGGCACGGAUGUUGGAUGCGGAGCGGAACAAGGUCUACUGCCCGCUGCCUGAGAUGCUCGGGCCGGACGACCUGAAGCGCAACUGCUACAUCUCACGGAACGGGCUGUUCGACCCGCGGGAGGAGCUGCGGCGUGCCAAAUUGCAUCGGCCCUGGAGCGAGAAGGAGCGCAAAACACUGCUCGAACGAUUCUCACAGCAUCCCAAGGAUUUCAACAAGAUCGCAGCGGCGCUUCCGGGCAGGACUGCGAACGAAUGCAUCGUGUACUUCUACACGCAUCAGAAGAAGGACCCGAAGUUCGCGGAGAUCCGUGCGAAACAGAAAGCCCGAAAGCUCAGGAAAAUCGGGAACAUCGUCGGCCGCGGCGGUAUUGCUGGCAGUUCCAUGCAGAACGCUCGACGAGGCCUGGGAAAGCGGGGCAUGCACGCUGCUUCAACAGGCGACAUGCAAGGAGCAGCUGCUCCCAGUCUGAGGCCGGCCUCUGCGCCUCUGACGCAGGUCUCCACCGCGCUCGCCGAUCCACACCAGCCACCCAUGGUCACAGACGGAGCGCAGGAGGCCAUACGGGCCGCGCAGGCCCAAGCACUCGCCGCGCAACAGCUGGCAGGCGCUGUGCCUACAAACCCGCUCCUGAUGCUCGGCGCCUUCCCAUUCACGGUCGCCUCGCUCCUCGAGCGCCAGCAGCUUGCCAGCGUCAUGGCCCAGCCGCAGGGCCUGUGGCCCGGCGCGCCCGACCAGCGAGCGGGCUGGGCGGAUCAGAACUUGCAGCAAAACUUGCAACACAACUUGCAGCAGCUGCAAGUCCAGAUGCUGCUCGAGGCGGGGCGCUCCGGAGGUCCUCAACAGCAAGAGAUCCUGCGCUACCUCGGGCUGCUUGCGGGCCAGAACAUCAUGCCCGACGCUGGACAGAGCCAUGGCCAGCCGGGUGGGACAGCUGGCGGGCAGAUGCAGGGUGCGGCACCUUUCCCAGGGGCCCAGCACACGCAGCAGGAUGGGAGCGGCGGCGCGAUCUGA